AUGCGGCGUGUCAAAAUCUUCUCGGGAUCAUCUCACCCUCUCCUCGUCGACGCUAUCUGCGAACGGCUCGGCACCUCGCCAGCACAAUGCGACCUCAAGAAGUUCAGCAAUGGGGAGACAUCGGUCAACAUCAACACUUCAGUCCGCGACCAGGAUGUUUUCAUUGUGCAAAGUGGAAGCCCCAUGAUCAAUGACAGUGUCAUGGAACUGUUGGUGAUGAUAUCUGCGUGCAAGGGUGGCUCUGCAAAGUCAAUCACUGCUGUCAUGCCCUACUUCCCAUAUUCCCGUCAAUCGAAGAGAAAGUCACAUCGGGGUGCAAUCACAGCCAAAUUGUUCGCCAACCUACUGUCCGUUGCUGGCAUACAUCAUGUAAUUACAGUGGACCUGCAUGCACCACCUACUCAGGGGUUCUUUGGGAAGCCUGUAGACAAUUUGCGAGGAGAGCCCCUCAUUGCGCGAUGGAUCAAGAUGAACGUACAAGGCUGGCAGGAUGCUGUAGUGGUUAGCAAGAACCCUGGUGGAACUAAGAGAGUUACGUCCCUAGCAGACGCACUGAAGCUGAACUUCGCAAUCGUAACGACUCAACCUCGCAGACAACCUACCGCAAGUGGUAGUUUGGAUGGUAGCACUUUCUUUGACACAUACGGCGAGUUAAACUCGAUAUCCGGAUAUGAUGGUCCUAAUGACUUGAGAAUAAAUGGCUCAAAUGGAGCGGAAGAACAUACGCAAGAUCAUCUCCUACGGUCACCUGCGAACAACAACUCACCACCUCCACUUGCGCGACCCCGCAACAUUAACAUCCCUCACGCUUCAAGUCCUCUAGUACAGUCUUCUAGACCAGAUUCAAACUCGCCACCAAGUGUCCGGACCCCUAUACCACGUUCGCAACCCCAACAAAACUCAGAGCGGCUCCAAAGGCCUGUGGCAAGACGCAAAAGAUCAUCAGACGACACAGACGAGUACAACGAUGAAAGAGCCAGGGAAGUAGUGACAGGCCGCCUAAUACAAGGCCACAUUGUCGAUGACGAUGCACCCUCUCCAAGUUUGUCUGCUAUGUCGGGCUCUGUGUCUGCACUUCCACGUGACGACCUUUCACCUAGAAACGGCCUCUCCUCGCCCGCUCUUGAAGAGGCAGAUCCUAUGACCAUGUCCUUCAUGUCAACCAUAUCGCGGCGCUCGACUCAACAUACCGAGCCAGCGGAAGCUUCAGACGAAGAGGAAGGCUUUCAAGACCCAGAGCUCGAGCAUACAGUGACUCUCGUGGGCAAUGUGUCUGAACGUGUCGUGCUCAUCAUUGAUGACAUGAUCGAUCAAUGCGGCUCAUGGAUAGCGGCAGCUGAAACGGUCGUGAAACGUGGAGACGCGAAGAAGGUGUACUGUAUCGCUACGCACGGCCUUUUCGGGAACGAUUCUCUCGAGCAGAUGGAGGCUUGCAAAUGCAUCGAUCAUAUCGUCGUGACGAAUACCUACCCCAUUGCGCCAGAGCGUGUGAGAGCAAGUAGGAAGCUGGUAGUGCUGGACAUCUCAAACUUGCUCAGCGAAGCCAUUCGGAGGAAUCACUACGGCGAGAGCAUCUCUGCUCUCUUCCAGCACUACCCGGAUUGA